UCUCAAUAAUGAAAAACAAUUCACCUCACAAUCCUCAAAAUGAAUCUAUAGUGAAAUUCGAUUUUCAUAAUGCGACUGGUGAUCCUGACGACCCUCUCUUAAAUAAUGAUAAUAUUUCGGGAUCUAUUCAAUUGCAAGAAGAAGAACAACGACGAUUACCAACUGGUUUAUUAAAUGGAAAUUCAAUUGAAAAUAAUAAUAUGAUUAAUACUUCAAAUAAUAUACCUAAUGCUUCAUACCAACAUUCAAAUGUUCUACAACCCAUUUCUUCCAUCUCUCCUACUUAUCCGAUUCCUCCCACAUCUCAUAUUACUCAAAAACCUUUAAUUGCUAAUAAGAAUGAUGAAGGUCAAAAUCAUGAUGCAGUCGAAACGACUACCAAUAUAGAAACCAUAGAGAAAUUUUAUAAACCGAAACAAGGAACUAUUUUUAUGCUCAUUAACAUUUUUACGAUUGCUGCCAUUGUCUUUGUUACAUGGAGGUUGGGAGCGUGGGGAAUUGGACAAGCUAAAGGAAUUUACGGUACGCUACGGGUAUUGGGAUUAUAA